UUUUAAGAUUUUGAAGUACCCAGAGGUUCAUUUUGAGUUCAAAAAUCUGCCAUUUUUAGUUAUUUAUUAAUUUUGAUUGAUAUUAUUCUCUGUAGACACAUAGUACUAAUGGAUCGGCCUGCUAUUAGCUUUCCAUCUUUAUUAUAUAAAAAAAGUGUUUUGAUUUUCUUUGCCGUCGCGUUUCUGUUUGCUGCGUGGGUGACGGUCGUCGUGGGCCCACCUGUCUCUGAGAAGCCGGCUGGGGUCGUCGUCGAUGACGAUGAGGCCAAUUCAACUGAGGAAGAAUCUCUGGGGCUGGAGUACGAGAGGUACAUGCGUGAAGUGGUGAAGUUGUUGGAGUCGGAUGAAGAGUUUCGGAAGAAACUAGAGAGUGCAAAUUCAUCUGAUAUCAAGAGUGGCGCCAUAGCACAACAUCUGAACUUCGUCAGUAAGAGUAUAAGGUCGAAGUUGGACGAGCUGAAGAGGAACGAACUAGAGAGACUUAGAACUGUCCUCAGAUUGAAAGUGAGGCAGGCACACCCGGACAGUGGGGACCGCCUACCCCCGCCAGCCCUACACGAACUUGAAAAACUGUUUGGCCAUCUUGAUUCGUCCAAUCAGCAUUCCUUUGAGACGAAAGAUUUGGUGAAGCUGAUUAAAAGGACGACAGAUGACCUAGAGGACAUUGACAGACGCCGGCGGGAGGACUUCAAAAGGUACGAGAUGGAGAAGGAGCAUCUGAGGAGGGAGGAGAUGAAGGGCCUGCCGACUGAGGAACGAGAGAAGAAAGAAAAAGAACACGAAGAGAUGGAGAAGAAACAUCGAGAACACCCUAAAGUUCAUCACCCUGGCAAUGAGGAACAGUUGAAGGACGUGUGGGAGGAAGGUGACGGUUUGGAAAGGGACGAGUUCAAUCCUAGAACAUUCUUCUACUUGCAUGACACGAACAGCGAUGGAUUCCUGGACCCAGUUGAGCUGGAGGCCUUGUUCCAGAAGGAGCUGGACAAAGUGUACAACGAGAACGCCACUGAGGACGACAUGAUGGAGAGGUACGAGGAGAUGAACCGGAUGAGGGAGCACGUGAUGAAGGAGAUUGAUGCCAACCGGGAUAGUGUCAUCUCCCUCGAGGAGUUCGUCAACAGCACCCAGAGAGAGGAGUUCAAGAAGGACGAGGAGUGGGAUACACUGGAGGAUGAGAGGCAGUUCACUGAUGAAGAGCUGGCGGCCUUCGAGAAGGACCUGAACGAGCGACAGCACGCCAGCGACGUCACUCCACCAACCACUACACUAUCCAUGCAACAACAACAACACGAUGACCAACAACAACAACAUGUUGACCAACAACAACAUGUUGACCAACAACAACAACAACAUGUUGACCAACAACAACAACAUGUUGACCAACAACAACAACAUGUUGACCAACAACAACACGAUGACCAACAACAACAACACGAUGACCAACAACAACAACAUGUUGACCAACAACAACAUGUUGACCAACAACAACAGCAGCAAGACCAGAGGCUGCAUUUUGAACCCCAACAGCAGCCACAACAUGAUCAGCCCAAAGGUGUUAUAUAG